AUGGCCGACCACUCCAUGUACCACGCCCUCGGCCAGGGCGAGAACCUCGACCCCAACGACCCGAACCGAACGAGCCAACCUGCCCCUCCGCAGUUCCAACCCCCCAUCGCCCCGAACCCUUAUCAACAAGUCGCUCCCCAGCAGCCCUACUAUGGCGCACCGUCACCCGCAGCCGGGCCGAUGCCCCCACAGGCACCAGGAUACGGCGCACCCGAAGCCGGCGGUUACUUUCAGGAACAGCAACCCCCGGUUGACGACGGGGGGUUGGCGGCGCAGAUGGGUGGCAUGAACCUCGGCGCCGACGCGGGGGCGGGUACCGUCAGGAAAAAGAAGAAGGACCGCCACGCAUACCACACGGUUGACGCACCCGCGGGUUCGUCUCAGCCUUUCAACGGCAUGCCCCCGGCAGGCACAGCGGCCACACCAUACCUAAACGCCGAUCCCUCGGCGGCCGCCUCUCGCUAUGGCGGCGGCGGCGGGCUAACCCCCCAAACGAGCCAGUUCCCAGCACCCGUGAGCCCCGGGUUCAUGCCCGCGCCCGCUUCCCCUGCCGAGUUUGCCGCCAGGAGUGGUUUCGCCGAUGCCGCCGGCCCUGCGCCGACUAUGAUCUCCAACUCGGGACAGACCAGGGUAUCUCCUGAUGAGAUGCCCAGUGUGCCCGUGUCCCGGGAUUCCGUCCAGCAAUACUUCUUCAGCAAUGUGUACCCGACCUUUGAGCGCCUGGUACCACCACCAGCCACGGUCUCUUUCGUCGCCUUCGACCAAGGAAACGCUUCACCCAAGUUUGCCCGCCUCACCAUGACCAACAUCCCCGCCACCGCUGAGGGCCUGAAGACCACAGGCCUCCCCCUCGGCCUUGUUCUCCAGCCGAUGGCCCCGCUCCAGGCCGGCGAGCUCGAGAUUCCCGUUCUAGACUUUGGUGACGUUGGCCCGCCGCGCUGCCACCGCUGCCGCGCCUAUGUCAACCCCUUUAUGAUGUUUCGCUCUGGCGGUAACAAGUUCGUCUGCAACCUGUGCGGCUACGCAAACGACACGCCUUCGGAGUAUUUCUGCGCCACCAGCCCCCAGGGCGUCCGCGUUGACCGUGACCAGCGGCCAGAGCUCACUAGGGGGACGGUCGACUUCGUCGUACCGAAGGAGUACUGGACCAGGGAACCCGUCGGCAUGCGCUACCUCUUUUUAAUCGACGUAACCCAGGAGGCCUUCAACAAGGGAUUCCUCGAGGCUUUCUGCGACGGUAUUCUGCGCACCCUGUACGGCGCCGAAGAGGGCGAGGAGAGGGAGGAGAACGGGGAAGUCAAGAGGAGGAUACCACCAGGCGCCAAGGUCGGCUUCGUGACAUACGACAAGGAGGUCCAUUUCUACAAUGUCAGUUCAACGCUGGAGCAGGCGCAGAUGAUGAUCAUGCCCGAUAUCGAAGAUCCCUUCGUGCCGCUCAGCGAGGGUCUGUUUGUGGACCCGUACGAGUCCAAGGCCGUGAUCAGCUCGCUGCUGACCCGCCUACCGCAAAUGUUCUCAACUAUCAAAAACCCAGAGCCGGCGCUCCUGUCGACGCUGAAUGCGGCCAUCGCGGCGCUGGAAACCACGGGCGGCAAGAUCUUUUGUUCGCUCUCUGCGCUGCCUACCUGGGGCCCUGGCCGGCUGUUCAUGCGGGACGACGGCAAGCACCCCAGCGGUGAGCCUGAUAAGAAGCUUUUCAGCACCGAGCACCCGGCGUGGCGGAGGGCCGCCGAGAAGAUGGUUUCCGUCGGUGUCGGCAUCGACUUCUUCAUGGCUGCCCCGUCGGGCGGCUAUCUGGACAUUGCUACCAUUGGCUAUGUGUCCGCUACCACUGGCGGCGAGAGCUUCUACUACCCCAACUUCAUCGCCCCCAGAGACAACUCCAAGCUGUCGCUGGAAAUCAAGCAUGCCGUAACACGGGAGACGGGUUUCCAAGCUCUCAUGAAGGUCAGAUGCUCCAACGGCCUUCAGGUAUCGGGCUACCACGGCAACUUCAUCCAGCACACUUUCGGCGCCGACCUCGAAAUUGGCGUCAUUGACGCCGACAAGGCGAUGGGCGUGACGUUCACCUACGACGGCAAGCUCGACCCGAAGCUUGACACACACUUCCAAGCCGCCCUCCUCUACACCUCCGCCUCGGGCCAGCGGCGAGUCAGGUGCAUCAACGUCAUUGCCGGCGUCAGCGAGAGCGCCCGCGAGAGCAUCAAGUUCAUCGAUCAGGACGCCGUCAUCACAAUCCUGGCCAAAGAGGCCGCCACCAAGCUGGCCACCACCUCCAACGCCCUCAAGGACAUCCGCCUAAGCCUCACCGAGAGGAGCAUCGACGUGCUAUCGAACUACCGCAAGCACUUCCUCGCGCAGGCGCACCCUCCGGGCCAGCUCGUCAUGCCCGAACGCCUCAAAGAGUUCGCCAUGUACGUGCUCGGGAUGAUCAAGUGCCGCGCCUUCAAGGGCGGCUCCGAGUCGUCAGACCGCCGCGUGAACGAGAUGCGCCUCAUCCGCUCCAUGGGCCCCCUCGAGCUCAGCCUGUACCUCUACCCGCGCAUGAUCCCGCUGCACAACUUGCAGCCCGAGGACGGCUUCCCGGACGCCCAGGCCGGCGGCCACCUGCGCAUGCCACCCGCGGUGCGCGCCUCCUUCUCGCGCGUCGAGCCCGGCGGCGUGUACCUGGUCGACAACGGCCAGCAGACGCUGCUGUGGAUGCACGCGCAGACCUCGCCCAACCUCAUCGCGGACCUGUUCGGCGAGGACAAGACCAGCCUGCAGAGCCUCGACGCCUACACGUCGGCCCUGCCGGCCCUGCAGACCCACCUGAACGCCCAGGUGCGCAACAUCGUCGAGUUCCUGCGCGCCAUGCGCGGUUCCAAGGGCCUGACUAUCCAGCUGGCCCGCCAGGGCAUCGACGGCGCCGAGUACGAGUUUGCGAGAAUGCUGGUCGAGGACCGCAAUAACGAGGCCCAGAGCUAUGUGGAUUGGCUGGUGCAUCUGCAUAAGGGGGUGCAGUUGGAGCUGGCGGGUCAGAGGAAACGGGAGGAUUCGGGAGAGGGGUCGGCGCUGUCGAGUUUUACGGGGUUGAGGCCCUCGUAUUGGUAG